CGGGGCCGGGGCCGGGGCAGGUCGGAGGGCGGAGCGGCGGCACGAGAAUUGGGACCAUGGCUGUUGACUGGAUUGGUUUUGCUUAUGCUUCAUUGCUGAUAGUUGGAGGUAUUAUAGCAUACACUCGUAAAGGUAGUAAAAUCUCUUUAGCUGCUGGACUCACCUUUGGCUUUGUGGCUGGUUAUGGAGCUUACUGUGUAACACGUGAUCCAAGAAAUGUGAAGAUAUCAUUGUUUUCAUCUUUUCUUUUGACCAUUAUAAUGGGAAUGAGGUUCAAGAGGUCCAAGAAAUUAAUGCCAGCCGGACUAGUAGCAUGCCUGAGCCUUUUGAUGAUUUUGAGACUUGUUUUUAUGCUGCUGUAGGAGAAUUUAGAACUGAAUAUGACUGCCAUGCCCCCCAAAUGGACAUGCUCCCUGUACUUGAAAGACAAGUUUGAACAUAAGUCUUACACUGCAUUUAUAUUUUCUGUAAAAGAUCGGUACCUGUUAAUUGAUUAUUGAUAUGUGUUGAUAUUUUAAAAGCUUUUUUAAAAACUAAAGCAAGUGUUUUGUUGGUAUAUUUUGAUCUACUUUCAUUUAAGCAGUCUAUUAACUCAUGGGAUUUUUCUUUGUAAGUUUGAUCUCUUUUAGGGGUGCAGAGCGCCCCAGGAAAUUGAAUUACUCUUGCACUGUAUCUCUGAAAGAAUAUCUAUAAAUAGAUGUUUAUUCUAAAAAUUAUCUUGCAUUGAAGCAUAUUUUUGUAGUUUCUGAGAUUAAAUAAUCAGUUCUAAAUAAAAGAAGUCUUGGGCCUGUA